AUGAAUUCCACCACCGAUCCAAAAUGCGAGGAGGCUUUCUCUCUUAUUAGGAGCCAAAAUCUGCCCCAUCCACUUGGGAAAUUACUCAGUUCCUUCAUCGCAAAUGCGUUGAACCCUGCACUCGCUGCCGCCCAUGUCUUCAGCCAUUGCCGUCCGGGUCAACACCGCAAGGCUGAUCUUCAUGCCCUUAUUUCAGACUGGGAAUUCGUCCUAGAAUCAAUCACAAAAUACGGGACUACACCACCUGCCCCCGACAGCAGAACCCAAGCUCAAAUUAUGAGGAGAGAUGGAAACCGCUGCUGCAUCACAGGCAAGCCAGGAAGCUUAAAGGACCCCUUGGUAGUAAUGCCUAUGAUUCUCGCGCCAUCCCGCUGGCUUGAAGCCGAGCCGAGAGUCCACGAAAUGCUUCGAGCCUUCUUUGGUCCCCCUUACCUAGAUUGGUGGAUAGCUUAUACAGAACGAUUGACGCGGGUAGAUCCCAUCGAUGGCCACUGGCUUGUGCGCAGGUCAGCUGCCGAAGCUUACAGAAAUGGGGUGGUGAAAUUGUAUCGGCUACACCCAUCAAUGAUCGAAUACAGGGUUGCUUGGUGUCUAAUUGGGACCGUAGAACCAGCGAUUGAUGUCGAUGGCCAAUAUCCCCUUCUCGGAGACCACUCACGCUCGGGAAUACGCAAGGUCGACGCACGUUUCAUUGGGACCCAGGCCCGCUUGGCUCCGAGCAUGCGAUGGCUUGAGGUCAAGAAGCAAAUCGCGGACAACGAAACAGCGAUACCUCAGGCGGGGAUACAACCUUCAGCUUCCAGACCAGGUUUCGUAUCAGCUGUAUUCCAGAUAUGCUGUACAAUCAUCUUGACAGCUUGGCUUGCCACCCCCCAUUUCAUUCGAUUAUCGACAUACAAAGUAUUGCGAAGGAUCGGACACCAUCUUUAUGGAAAUACAAGUUCCUUGGCAGUUAGCCGUCUGCCUUUCGGUCUUUACCUGAAGGCCACAAACGAAGGGGCUUUCAAUGAAUACAAUGCGCUCGGACUUGUUCACAAGUAUACGUCUAUUCCAGUUCCUCGGGUUCUGGAUCUGGUAGCAGACUCACAAAACACGUAUCUCUUGAUGACCGGUCUUCUUGGUGAGCCACUCUCCAGAGCAAUGGAUAUGCUCUCCGAUCAAGACUGCCACGAGUUCGUCUACCAAAUGAAAAGCUUCAUUUCCCAAAUCCGAGAAAUCCCUCCAGUCGGUCCCAAAAACCACAUAUGCAAUACUCUGGGCGAAGCAUGCAGCGACCCAAGAAUUCGAGACGGCAACCCCAUCGGCCCCUUCGAAGACGAAGCUUCUUUCAGUCAAUAUCUUCGCCAUCCAGAUGAUCCUGCUCGAAGAGGUCAUCAAAUUGUAUUUACCCAUGCUGACUUAAAUCUGCGAAACAUCCUUGUGGAUAAAGUCACAAGGCUAGAUGGGACAAGGGGCUGGGCGAUCUCAGGGAUCGUUGAUUGGGAAAACAGUGGGUUUUAUCCCGAAUACUGGGACUGUACAAAAGCGCAGUUUGAGGGAUUCAGGUGGGACGAACGCUGGACUAGGGCUUUGGUCGAUGUAUUCAGUCCAUUCGGAAGUUAUGCGAAGGAGAUUGAAGUUGAGAAGAGGAGCUGGAGUGAAGGCGAUGGCGCGUUUUGA